GCGCGUCCGUGGGAUGGUGCUGGGCACGGGGGGAAACGGAAAGCCUCCCCAGAAGCUGAUGCAAGCAGGCUUGCAGUGAAGCGCAGCCUUCCAGGAAGGCAGGGGAGGAGCAUGGAGUGUGGCACUGCACCCAAGAGAGGGAGAGGAGCUGAGCCAAAUGGCAAGAUGUACGUGAAAGCUCCCCUGCAGGCUGGAGGGCUUCCUGGAACAGCAGGCCCCAGCACAGGGGGAAGAGCUUCCCCUGCAGUGGCCAACCGCUCCUUCUGCAAGACCGUGGCCACAAGAAAGCGCAAGGGCACGGAAGAAGAGGAGCAGCAAGCAGAGCUGUGUCCUGCCAAGAAAGCAGUGAAGGUGGAGCGCAGUGGGGAGAAGGCUCAGAGCAGAGGCGGUGUGCCAGCCCCAGCGCCGACUGAGCGGUUCUGGGCCUCAAAGCGAAGAGAGAGGGGAAAAGAGUAG